AGAAAAUUGAAAAUGUUCGACAAACUUACUGGUAACGGAAAUGGAAAUAAAAUGAAUAUGCGGGUACAUGUAUUAGAAGGUAUAUUAUCGUCAAUCGAAACCGAUGGAAGCUCAGCAAGGGUCAAUUCCCUAAGGCAAGUAAUCAGACGAAAUAAAGCUGAUAUGGCCGAUGAUGCAGGAAAAUCAUUGGAUCUUAUGCGAAGGAUAUUUCAAAAUGAAAUUACCAAAGAGCUACAACAAAUUAUGGAUCGUCAUAUUCGUACUACUUUCUCACCCGCUAUAGAAAAUUUGAAGAAAAAUGGACAUGUGGUUGAUCAAGAUGUCAUUAAUGAUCUAUACACAAGUAUUUUGGAUGCGGCUAAAGCUCCAUUUAUGCGCGAACGGGCAUCAACUAUGAACCGUGAUCGCUUGAAUUCGGAACGGAGCAAACGAGGAUACGAGUCGGAUGAGUCGGAUGUGAGCAUAUUGAGUCAAUCCAGCGAAAUCAAAAGACGGCGAGGGCGACCAAGAAAGGAUGAAGAACCCUCGCUGGACCUAUCACCCUUUACCCUGCACGAGGUUCUAAAAUGGUCACCGGAACGGCAUCUUCUGACUACACGCUAUAUACCAGCUGCUAAAGUCGCCGCUCUGCUUUCUAUACCUGUUACUGUAUUUUUCAGCAAAUAUCCCAGGAUGUUCCGGUAUUCCUGCGAUGAAGAAGACCGUGCACAACUUAUGGAAGAAAAGAAAUUAUCUCGAGGAGUUGGUCGAUGUUAUCUAAUGGUUAUGGAUGAUGUAACAGAGCUUCUAGGGAGAUCGCCCGAUCUCGAAUUUUCGUCUUUCCUUCUCAACGAGCACAUCCUACUCAAAAUGCGUUCUAGAACUGUACCGGUAUUUGAACGACUAAAAGCUCGACUACCACCUUCAGCAUUUACGUUUAGUCAAUAAUUGUCUCUAUGUACAAGUAAAAUAGUAUAUCUGGUAAUUUAUGGCAUACUGUGAACCCCGUGAUUCGUUCAGCUUUAUUGACAUAUGAAAAAAUUGAAAAAAAUGUGACAUCUGAUUCCGCUGUACCUCCAGAAUGAAUAUCCCACAUUUAUGUGUACAUUGUAUACUAUUGUUUUGAACUUCGCAUUUUUCACCUUUCUAUUUUUUUCAUGGAUGAGUAAGUAAGUAAAU